CAGUUAACUGAGCAGAAGCAGUUGAUUAUUUUAUUGAAAUCGAUGUUGUCUUUGUUAUAACCAAGACAAGGAGCAAUCGAUUCAAAUUGGGAUAAUCGUUGAAUCUUUUGUUUUUAGACUGUAUUUGCAUUGAUAAGAUGAGCUUGUAAGUCAUAAGUUAUAAACAUUUUUAGAUUGUGCUUUCAUCUUUAAAUUGUGUCUUUUAGCUUUUUAAAAUGUAUAUAUACCCAUGUAAACAAACACCAUUAUUUCAGUUCCUCGUGAAUCUGUCAAGAAUAAUAUCUCAGACUAUACAGCUACAUUCAUUGAAUAACUUGGUAAUUGAAGAGCCUUCCUGAGUUGAUCAGAUUUUAAUAUUGAGAUCAAAUUGAAGAUCACAAGCUGAAAGAUGAACUUGUGUGAAUAUUUGCGAGUAAAUAGGUACAAGAUAUUCAAAACCAUCCUGACUUACAUUACUUUCGCUGGUCUCGGUGGUGUUAAUACUUUGGUUGGAAGUUCACUACUUGAUAUUAAAACUUAUGUUCAGAGAUCAUUUGAAGCCACAUCUCGACUUGUCCAGGCUCGUUCAUUGGGUUAUGUUGUUGGAGCCACAGUUGCUGGUUUUUUUGAAAAAUAUUUCGAUGACUAUUUGGUACUUUCGGCGUCAAACCUUCUUGCUGGAGUUUUUCUUGCUCUGGCUCCAUGGUUCAGAUCAUUGGAAACUGUAUUAGUUUUCAUCUUUAUUGCUGGCUUUGCUCUCGGAGUUUUUGACAUAUACUGUAAUGUGAUUAUACUCCGAAUCUGGGGUAAAAAUGGAGUCAACUGGUUACAAGUAUUGCACAUGUUUUUUGGGGUUGGCGCUUUAAUUGUACCAAUCAUCACUCGACCUUUCCUACUUCCCAAUACCGAAUCAGAUGGCUUAAGUAAUGACAACGCUGUUACAACCACUUCGCCAGAAACAAUCGACUUCACAAAUAUAACAGACAUUAUCAGCGCAAUAAAUACAACCACCACAAUUACUUAUACACCAGACGAUGUAAAAGUUCAAUAUGCCUUCUUGAUUGUUGGUAUGGUUCUCGCUGUAGUAGCAAUUCCCUACUUUUUUUGCUAUCUCCAUGAUAGAAAACAAAAAUCCAAAGAUGAAGAAAAUAGAGAAAACGGAGAAACUGGAGAAGAGAUCCCACAAUUCGUGCAAACAAGUACGCUUAAAAAGGUUCUAGCAGUUAUUAUCACAGCUGCCUUAGCAAAUUUCUGCUUCGGAACUGAAGCAGUCGUCGGUAACUUGAGUACUUCGUUUGCUGUUAAAGCUGAUGUACAUAUGGAUAAACAAAAUGCUGUUCUUGUGGCAACUGUAUUUUGGACAAUGUUUUCAUUUUACAGAUGCAUUUUUAUCCCGUUAACUCUGGUUAUAAAAGAGAGUAAACUUUUUUAUAUGAAUCUGCUAAUCAUCGUGGCAGGUGUGGUCACUUUGGUUCCUUAUGCCGCAUCGAAAGAGCUUUUUACGUGGAUUAGCUUCACUUUACUGGGAAUAGGUUAUUCGCCAGUAUUUUCAAUUUCAUAUGGAUCACUAGGACAUUAUUUUCCUGUUACAAAUGCAAUGACUUCGUUUAUUUUUGUCAACGGAGUAAUUGGCGAAACAAUUCACACGACAGUUUUGUCAAGAUUUAUUGCUACUAAGCCAGUACUAUUUACUUAUUAUCUUGGCGGCAUGGGGAUUAUCUAUGUCAUGCUGAGCUUCUUGUUACCUUUAUAUUGUCGAAAGGUUUUCAAAGGUCCGAAGAAAAGAGAUGAAACUGUUAAUGAAUCCAACGAAAUGCGAGAUUUACCCAAAUAUUGAUUACAUAUCAUGUAUUAACUUUAGUUUUUUUAAUUUCAAAAUUUAUAUCUUUUAAUGAGAUUUACAUCUUUCUAUUGUAUUACUUAUUGUGAACAAUCAUUUAUAUAAUACCUCAAAGCUAUGAAAUAAAUUUUGAAAUAAAUUUUAGAUUGCAA